GAUCGUAAAGAAGAUACAAAUCAGCAACAAGGAAGUGAAGAGACACCCACACAGAGAUCUACUAUAGUCAGUAGAUAAAUGUUUCGCUUGUGGCACGGCACUAAAACACAGGUGAAACUGUUGGUUUGUAGAAACACGUCUACAAUGUCCACUCAGUCCGGCACGGAGCACGUUAACAGGUCGAUUCACUCGGACACCGUCGAGGAAGUCCACAACGUCCCGGUGGACGUCAUCAUCAGACCGAUUCCUCCGGUACUGGAUGAGCUAAAAGUUCAGAGUCUGAUGAACUCAAUAAAGGAGACAGCAGACAUCAGUGUUAUUCCUCCCAUUGACGUGCUCUGGAUCAAAGGCAGAGAGGGGGGAAAUUACUACUACUCUUUUGGAGGCUGUCACAGGUUUGCUGCGUAUCAGAGGUUGAACAUGCCGACCAUCCCAGCCAAGCUCAUCAAAUCAAACAUCUCAGACCUUAGCACUUACUUGGGGGCGUCGACGCCUGAUCUGCGGUGAUGCUGGACAGCCUGGGAGAGACUUCCCUCAUGUUACUCUCACACUCUCACACAGAGUUUUCACUGCUGGGGACUGCAGAGAAAAGGAUGUACCAGCAGGGGGAAAUGUAACUCUUUAGUUAAAUACAUGAUAUUUUUCUUUUGAAACCACAUAUAUGUAAUUUAAAGGAUGUGUGUGUUUGUAAAUGUGUGUUUUUGUAAGUUGUACAUUUUUACCAAGAUAUUCUCUGUUCAAACUCCAGUUGUGCUUUCACAUAAAAAGUAAUUUAAA